AUGGCUGCCAUUGAGAAGGGGAAUGAGGAUGCAUUCAAACCGUAUGACCAGUUCCUUCUCUUCGGAGACUCCAUCACUCAGAUGGGCUGCAACCAAGAGUUAGGUUUCGCAUUUCAUGCUGCACUCCAAGAAUCCUACAGUCGCAGAUUAGAUGUUAUUAAUCGCGGCCUGGCUGGAUAUACAACCGCCCAUGCUGUCAAAGUCUUUGAUAAGUUCUUCCCUUCGCCGCAGACGGCUAAUGUGCGGUUCAUGACCAUCUUCUUCGGUGCUAAUGACGCAUGCGUUCCAACCCACGAGCAGCAUGUGCCCCUGGAUCAAUAUAAAGAGAACCUGAAGACGAUCAUUCAGCACCCAGCAACACGCGCACAGAACCCGCACCUCAUUCUAAUCACCCCACCUCCCGUGAACGAGUAUCAAAUAGAGGAGUUCGAUGCUUCAAAGAACACCCCGUUCCCAAGCAGAACUGCCAGCCUCACCAAGUCAUACGCAGUGGCUGCUUGCGAAGUUGGUGCAUCGCUCAAUGUCCCGGUGGUGGACUUAUGGUCCGCUUUCAUGAAGACCAUUGGCUGGAAAGAGGGAGAUCCUCUAAUUGGGGCUCGUGAUGUGCCGAGAAAUGACAAAUUGGCAAGUCUUCUUACUGAUGGUCUCCAUCUGACUCCCGCUGGUAACCGCAUCGUCUACGAUGAAAUUAUGAAGGCAAUCCAGGCCAAUUGGCCCGAUCAGACGCCGGAGAUUCUUCCAAUGGUGUUCCCCGCGUGGGGUGACGCACCGAAAUAA